AGGGGGAAGAAGAUUAAAGGCUGCUUUUCCUCAUCCCCCUCUGUCCAGGAGUUCUUUGUCAUAUUUAUAAAAUUGAUUCGAUAAGUGUGGAUUUGUGACUAUGGAUUGGAGAAAGGCUGCUGCUGUCAUCAGUUUGGUGGAUGGGCUAUGAAUGAAAGCUGAAUAUCAAUGCAUUGAGUAAAGGAAGGGCAGAGCCUUUACCAUUUACGUGCAUGUUUAUCAGGGUCAGGGAUUAGUUCUAUAGCGUUUUUCUCAUUCUCUCCGGAUGGUUGCAGCAAGCUGGAGGGUUCGGAUGACACUGAUGAAGGAACUGAUCAUUUACUGCCUAUACUUUGGAUUUUUUUUCCCCUCGGUGGUUCUGGUUAUUAUGUAAAAUAAUUUGGGAGAGGAUUUCUCCCUAUUGCAGAGAGACAGAGGCAGCAGGAAGGAGCUCAGUUUUGCAGUCUUGGGUGGUGUUCGCAGCAACAGCCUGAUUUAUUUUUCGGAAGGGUUGGGGAGCAGAGCGGGAGAAGAUGAAGAACUCCGAUGGGUUUUUUGGACGUGCGAGCAAGGCUCGGUGGAUUUAAAGUGGCUCUCUCUCAGAAGAGCUUUCCUGGCAACGAUUGAUGGGCGGGAGGCUUUCUUACUGUGCCUGCCCUUGCUUCCUCUCGAUCGUGCCGUCUUGUGCAGAAAGGGGAGGAAACUGUGCCCAUCAUGUCUUAAUGUUCAGCGGGGCGGGGCGCGCCUCUUCUCCCAGCCCUGUUCUGUGGCAGGCGGCAGCAGCGGCAGCCUGCUUCCUUAUUUUUAAAGUUGGUAUUUUCUGCCUCUCAGAGGUGGGGGGCACAGCUACCCUGAUACCUUCCCGCUGUGCCAGCAGCCGUGUUAAGUGCUAGGCAAGUCGCCCCCGCCCGCGCGUUAUUAUCAAGGCAAGGGCGCGUUUUCCCCGGCGCUAGUAGCGGCUUUUGCCCCAGCCCUUGGCGCGGCGCUGGCGCUGCAGCAGGGAGCGCGUUGCUGCUCUCGGGGCGGGCGCGUGUCCCCAGCGGCUCGCCGUGCAGCAGGGGGCGGGCCGGGGGCAGGCUGCCAUGGGAGAGAGCAUGUCCAAGCGACUCAAGCUGCAGCUGGGGGGCGAGGCGGAGAUGGAGGAGCGGGCGUUCAGCAACCCCUACCCGGACUACCAGCUCCACGGAGCCGCCGCCGCCGCCGCCUCGAGCCCCAGCGAGGCCGCGGAGACCCAGCGGGGCCCCGCGCCCCCCCCAGUCGGGGAAGAGCCUGAGUCCCUCCCCUUCGGCCCGGACGGGAAGAUCCGUUCUCAGUUCACAAGACGGAUCCAGAGUAAAAUCAAAGACCUGCUGCAGCAAAUGGAAGAGGGGCUAAAGACAGCAGACCCACAUGACUGCUCUGCGUAUACUGGCUGGACAGGCAUAGCCCUUUUAUACCUACAACUAUACCGCGUCACAAAAGACCAGAAGUUCUUGCAGCGAUCCCUGGAUUAUGCGAAGAGAAUACUUCGUAAUCUGAAUGGACGCAGGGUUACUUUUCUCUGUGGUGAUGCUGGACCCUUGGCAGUCGGGGCAGUAGUGUACCACAAACUAAAGAUUGACAGUGAGUCUAAGGAGUGCAUCACAAAGCUUUUGCAGCUCCAGAGAACGGUCAUAAGCACAGACUCUGAACUUCCAGAUGAGCUUCUUUAUGGCAGAGCAGGUUACCUAUAUGCUUUGCUCUAUUUGAAUACAGAAAUUGGUCCAGACACUGUACCUCAGUCUGUUAUCAAAGAGGUGGUAGAUGCCAUUAUUGAGUCGGGUAAAAACUUUUCAAAGGAGGAACGUAAGACUGAACGCUGCCCUCUGUUGUACCAAUGGCACAGGAAGCAGUACAUUGGAGCAGCCCAUGGCGUGGCUGGGAUCUAUUACAUGCUAAUGCAGCCAGUUUCAAACGUGGAUCAGGAGACCCUGACGGAGCUGGUGAAACCGAGCAUUGACUAUGUACGUCAUAAAAAAUUCAGAUCUGGGAACUAUCCAUCAUCAUUAAGCAAUGAAACUGAUAGACUAGUCCACUGGUGCCAUGGUGCCCCGGGAGUCAUCCAUAUGCUAAUGCAAGCUUAUAAGACCUUUAAAGAGGAUAAAUAUUUGAAGGAUGCCAUGGACUGCAGUGACGUCAUCUGGCAGAGAGGUUUACUGAGGAAAGGGUAUGGAAUCUGCCAUGGGACCGCUGGCAAUGGCUACUCCUUCUUAUCUCUCUAUCACCUAACUGAGGACAAAAAGUAUCUCUACCGGGCUUGCAAGUUUGCGGAGUGGUGUUUAGAGUACGGUGCACAUGGAUGUCGGAUUCCUGACCGACCCUACUCUCUGUUUGAAGGCAUGGCGGGAGCUAUUCAUUUCCUAUCGGACAUAUUGGUACCAGAGACUUCCCAGUUUCCAGCAUUUGAACUUGGACCUCAGAGGAGAGAAAACAAAGUGGAACAGGACAGCUAAGAGGUCUGUUGCAAUGGAAACUCGAUGUCAAGACUGACAAGACUGUCUAGUGCCUCUGAUACCGAACCAACUUUAAAGCCUAAACAAGGGACAAGGAAAUCCCUCUUCACACCUCUUUCUCCAAAGGACCACAAGUCAUUAAAGCAUGAAUCAGAAGCCAUGCCCAGGUUUUAUUUAAGUGAUGCCUUCGGUGGUGGGAAAAGAGAGAUUAAGUUUUGAACUCUUUUUUUGCAGUUGUUCUCUUCAGGUCUUUCAUCAAGUGUUUGCAUGUUUCUUGGUGUUGUCCACAGAUGUGAGUAUUUUGUUGUAAGCCAAAAGCUGUUUUCUUGUGUGAGUCCCAGUCUUGUAGCUUUUGUGCAUGAGUAACGGCAAGAGCAUCGCUAUUUCUGCAGUGUGACUAUGGAUAAGGUUCCACUUGACCUGACAAAUGAGAGUCCGGUGUAGUAUAGUGACCAGGUUAAUACAUAGUUAUAUCUUAAAUGAGCUGAUAAUUUUCAAACAAAACAUAAAGCUUUUCUGUGCUGUACUUCUCUGUUUCUUCAUAAGAAACAUUUUUCUCCCCAUCCUCUAGAACAGUGGCGGGCAACCUGUGGCCCAUUAGCGCAUCAGGGUAAUCUGAUUGCAGGCCACGAAACAUUUUGCUGAUGGUGACCAUCUGCAGGCAGAGGCCCCCGGAGCUCCCAGUGGCCGUUCCCAGCCAAUGGGAGCUGCAGGAAGCAGCAGCCAGCAUAUCCCUGCAGCCCGCUGCUUCCCUCAGCUCCCAUCGACCGAGAAUGGUGAACCACGGCCACUGGGAGCUGUGGGGGCCCAUGCCUGCGGACGGUCAAAGUUGGCAAAAUGUGUUACGGCCCCCAGUCAGAUUACCCUGAUGGGCCGCAGGUUGCCCACCACUGCUCUAGAAGUUAUGUUUAAAGAAACUGGCCUAAAUUUUCAGAAGUGAUGUGUGGUGGCUCAGUUUUCAGUUUGAGAAGGCUUAGAGGGACCUGAUUUGUCAGACACAGGGGCUCAGCACUUUCAGAAAGAGAAGCCCCUUUAAGAUGUUUUCAGUUGGGCCCUGAAAAUUGAGGCAUUCAAAAUCAUUAAUAAUUUUUGAGACUAUAGGUCCUCCUGCCCUACAGAGCUGCUUGGAGUCCCCUUCCUACAGCAGUAACAAAAGCAAAGUAUUUCUUAGUUCCUUAAACACAUACCAGUAGACACCAUGAGUGUGUUACUCAUACCAGCAUUUCUCAACGUUUCAUGCGAUAGCAAAGUGUGAAACUGUGACAGCAGUUACACUUUCCCUGCUAGUGCUCUUUGGUUAUAACAAGCACAUCCUCUGAAGGAAUCUGAAGAGCAUACAGUUUACAACAUAUAAGUAAACGUGGGGAGAGCAGGGCUGGGAGAAUAGAAGUGUCUGGUUAUUGGUAAUUAGGAAGGCGCACCACUUCUGAAAUGAGAGGAGAGCAACUCAUUUCCUCUCAUUUUUCUGAAUUUCAACAAGCCUGAUAGCCCAUCCCGUAUAAUAGGAGCUGUAAAUGUUAGCCAGUUGGGGAGGUACAAAAGCAUUAAUAAACAAAAGUUAAACUAUCACAGUGACCUGCGGUUGAAACUUGUUAUGCAAAAAAUAAAAUAAAAUAAAAUGCAGAUUUGUGUUGAGCAA